AUGCAGCAAGGCAGCCUUGUAAAGCCAGUUCGAUUUCUAACGAGAAAACACGUGUUCCCCACAAACAUCGAAAAAAUGAACGUAAAAAGAGCAAUCCAAGUUUUGUCUCCUGCGGUGACAGCGGCACUGAAGCUCCUGCAAGAGCAAGUGGGCCACACAUGCGACGCAAGUUUCGCAGGUGUCGGACCGACGGUUGAAUUCAUGGACACCGCGCACCGCUGGUUCAUGCUCAUGGACGUCAGCAAUUGUACCCAGCACAUACACCAGAACAAUGCAGAUUGCAAGCAGUUCGAAUCUACAAGCGAUAAACGGCUAAUCUGGCUUGAAACAAGCUUCCUCGACUACCUGGCCGAUCUCGAAAGCCAGUGCCUGGCGAAGAACUUCUUAACCAAGGAGACUUACGAAGGCCUGGUGAUGACAACUCGUUCAAAUGUUGAGCGCAUUCGAUAUCUUCUUGAAGAGGUGCGCUUUCACUUUGUUUUAACGAGAAAAAUGUCGUCUGACCCAAUCGAGCCGUUUUUUGGCUGGCUGAGGAAGUCAGCAGGUUCAAAUGAUCAAACGGAUGCCCGAGAUGUUCUGUCAGGUAUUGAGAAGACUCUGAAGACUGGCAUCGCAUCGGCGGCUGGUACGAGCAACGUAAUGGCAGCAGAAGGCAGCGAUUGCCUGUCAACGCUGCCGCAACAGAAAAACACAAGGGAAGGAACCAGCGAGGAAUUCCGUGCAGAUGCAUGUAGAGACCUCACAGAGCGACUCAAGCGAGGACAGCCUCUGCUUCCUACUCCAGAUGUCGCAGCAUUGGCUAUGGUCGGCGGCUACUUGGCAAGAGCUGUACAAGAAAAUAUCAAUUGCGAGGAGUGCGUCAGCCUGUUAAAAAAGCCAAACGCCUCGGCGCCCUCGGACUCGCUGAUAAAGCACCAAGACCGCGGUGGACUCAUCUACCCAUCUGGACAACUUUUAGCGGUUCUCUACGCAUUAGAGAAAUUUAUCGACGUUCUUCUCGCAAGAAGGAGGCACAUGAAUCAGCCUUCGAAGGAGGCUGUGAGUAAUGCCGCUGCAAUACUCCGCGAGCACAAAACCUUGACGUGCUCGACGCCAGGACACCAAGAGAACCUGCUGCAACUGUUGCUGACAAAGCUUUUUCGCCUAGUAUUCACAAAUUUGCAAUGA